CUUCAAGCUGUUUUGAGCUGUUUGAUGAUGUAAAAAAUUACCAACUUGUGUGACACAAUAUUUAUUUACAAUAGCAAGAAAAAAAAAAAAGUAUAAUUAUAUCAUAUCAACUCUUUGACUGCUUGGUAAUUACUGACUAGAACAAAGACCAAAUGGAUCAUUCAUGGAUUUAUUCAUUCAUAUAAUUUUUAUUUCAUAAUAAUUUAUAUAAUAAAAUAUACCUAUAUUUAUAAAAAAACAACAAAACAUUUUGUUGAUUUAAUUAUUUGACAAUGAUAAAAAUGGGUUUAUCAAAUACUUUUGGUAUUGUUAUUUGUGCUGGUAGUUUUUUGUAUACAUUUCAUGUUUUGUACAAUUUUAUGUACUUCACAUCAGCACACAAUGAAAAUUACAAAACCUUGGUUCAAACACCAACCGAUGACAAUAUGAUUGUCAUUAGCCUCUGGAAGCUAUUUCAAAAUACUUGUCUUUUGAGUGUAUUUAUGCUACAACACUCAGCAAUGUCAAGUAAAUUUAUCAAAAAUAUUUAUGAAAAUUUAAAUAUACCAGAUAUUGAAAGAAGUAUUUACAAUGGAUUUAGUUCAGCUGCAUUGCAUUUUGUUAUAAGCUAUUGGCAAGCAGUACCAUGGAUAUCAUUUUGGAAUUUUGAUACAUCAACAAAUAAUAAAUUAUGGAUAUUUUUUACAUGUUUACAUUUACUUGGUUGGUUUAUCAUUUACAGUGGUUGUGUUAUGCUUGAUAUAUCUGAAUUAUCUGGACUUAAACAAGUAUAUUAUAAAAUAUCAAAUCGUCCAUGUCCAAUGUCAACAAAAUCAAAAGAAUAUCAAAGAUAUUUAUUACACAUGAGACAUCCAAGCUUUAUUGGAUUUUUGUUGAUUCUUUGGAUGCAUCCAUUCAUGACUUUGGAUAGAUUUUUGUUGUCAUCAAUAUUGUCUGCUUACAUGCUGAUAAUGUGGACAAUUGAUGAAGAAGAUUGUCAAUAUCAUGCCACAAAUGUAUAUCGUAAACAUCGUGAAUUAUCAUGAUUAUUAUUUUCUUUAAAAAAUUACUUUUUUUCUAUUUCAAUUACUUAAUUUUCAUUAACUACAUACAACAAGUUGUACCUGUUUUCAUUUGUUUUGUUUAUUUUUCUUCUCUCUUUAUUCUAUGAUAUUUCUAUAUUAUUAUUUAUUAUUUCGAUUUAAAUUCGCGUUGUACUAUUAUAA